UUUCUUUACAGGGUUAGUAGCUAGACCAUAGAACUCGUGCUAGAACUGUGCAAUACAUUCGUGCUGUGCGUACGUUUUGUUUUCUGAGACAUGCGCCCUUGAAUAUCCAUCAGUAUUUCUUUGGUGACGAGUACCAUUAUUGUAUUUAGCAUAACGUUACUGCCUUCAACGUAUAGCGUUACGUUACUAGGUCAACAGUGAGCGCCACCAUGGGGUUUCUACUGUCUAAACCCAUGGAUGCAAACUUUAAAAAGCAGCAAGAAUUCAUGCUCCACAAUUCACGACUGCAGAUGGAGCGUCAGAUCCUGAUGCAGAACCAGAUGAGAGAGAGACAGAUGGCAAUGCAGGUUGCCUGGUCCAGAGAGUUUUUAAAAUACUUUGGGUCUUUCUUUACAGUGGUUACAGUUGGACUCACUGUUGGUGCCAUUAAAAGAAAGAAACCGUUGUUAUUGGCUCCCAUCGUCCCUCUCGGCUACAUAUUUGCCUACCAGAUGGACAGCGCCUACGGAACGCUUAUUUAUCGCAUUAGAGGGGAGGCUGAGAGUAUCAUGACGUCCGAACACGACCGUCUGGACUUGCCUCAUGGGACUCCAACUUUCGAUAGCAUAGAGAAAGCCCGCCGCGCUAGAAGCAGCCUUACCUCCUUCUUGGAGAAAUGAUCUAUUGAUUAUUUGAGACAAAAUAAUAACCGUCCAAUCGAUGCAUUCACCCAUUUUGCUUUUGCUUAAAAAAAACAAAACUGUCAAAAAACAGUUUUUUGACAUUGUCGACUCUAUGGUUUGCACAAAUUCUAUAUCAUGGACCUUGAAUGAAAUUAUUUCAUUAUUAAUAAAUAUAAAAUAAUGAUUAAUAAAUGAAUUAAUUUUCUGGUGUUGUUUUUACAUGUGCAUCAGUAGCCAAAUAUAUAUACUUAGGCCAGACUAAACAUUUAGAUUGGUAAGUGAUACACUGCCAGUACUGUAGUAUGUCAUGGAUUAAAUCUGUAAAACGAAUAUUUGCAUCAAUUACAUUCAACCAUUGUACCGUAAUUCACUCAAAUUAUUAUAUACAGA